GUAUCAGCAUCACUUGUCAAGUUGUCCUGGUGCAGCAUCAAUAUCAUAAUGCUAAUUUUAUGCAUGUGGAAAAUCAAAUUACAAACAUGUUGAAUUCAAUCAGUAUGCUUGCUUGAGGGUUUUUUUAGCAUUAAUAAUUUGAUUUGGACGAGAACUAUAAUGGAGGAUUCUUCAACCAUUAUUUCAUUAAAGCAAGUUGCUCACAUUAAUGAACUGAAGGAAAAAAAAUAGAAAUAGAAUACCGUUUGCCGAUCAAAUCUCACAUGGAAUCAAGUUAUUUUUGAAAAAAAUGCAAACAAUGUGAGGUUGACAUGAAAUUCCAAGAAUAAUUGUUGACUAAUUUAGUAGCUAGUGGGUGAGAUCCGAAGAUAGUGCUCAAGUAUCAAGAAGCCAGUCAUGAAUGAAUGAAAUUUGCAACUUGCAAGGGCUACAAUACAUCAUUUAAUAUGGCCAAAUUACAUUCCUUAAACGCCCACACCGGCGCUUCACAAUGACCAAUGUGCAUGCUCAUUAGGAAAUGCAUACAACGUGGAAUUAUUUUAACUUUCUUGGAUCUGUACAUCAGCAAAAUUCCCAUAUUAUAGCACCUUAAACCACACAAAAAUGUUCUCUGUUCUGUUCACCUUAAAUCACUUGUACAUUUUAGUCUACCUCUUCUUUGUUUCUUUCUCUUAAACCAUCGAAAAGAAAGAAAAAGAUGGGAAAUGAAAAUCAUGACCAACAAUACUCGAAAAAGCUUCCAUCUUAUAAUAAUCCACAGACUCACAUUCUGACACAAAAGCACAAGCUGAAGUUUGUUAUGCUAAUCAUAUUUACCAACCUUUUCACCAUUUACAUGUUCACCGGUCCAUUUAGUUUCAUGUAUCGGUACUCCUCUAUGAGUAGUAGUGACUCAAACUCCAUAUUGCAGGAACUUAACUCCACCAAAGCUCAACUCGCUGCAAGCCACACGAUCUUAUCGGAGCUUCAUCAAAGACUCAACUCCACCAACUUACUUGUCCAGGCCUUGCUUAUCGAUCUUACCCGCGAACAAGAAAAGCACUCCAACCGUGUUGAUGAGAACCCUUUAAUUGUAAAGCUUGGAAAGGAUGACUCAACUACUGCUGCUGGUUCGCUAUCUGAUGAGCUCAGUAUUGCACUUGGCCCUCACAAGCUCCCUUAUGGGUACUCACCGAAGAUCGGGUCAGAUGAGAUUCACAUGACUAUUGGUGAAGCCUGCUUGAGGCUCAAUGAGGAGUUAAAGCAAUAUAUGACGUACGACAUUGGAGGGGAAUGUCCUGUAGAUGAAGUACUUUCGCAAGGACUCAUACUCAAAGGGUGUGAACCACUACCUCGUCGGAGAUGCCACCCAAAGUCUCCGAUGAAUUAUGUAGAGCCAACACCUUUACCGGAUAGCCUUUGGACAACUCCACCAGAUACAAGCAUUAUCUGGGAGCCUUAUAGUUGUAAGAGUUACCAGUGUCUUGUUGAUAGAAAGAAUGAGCCUGGUAAUUCCUAUGACUGCAAAGGUUGCUUUGACUUAGAGAAAGAAGAAAAGAUUAAGUGGAUAUUUGAUGAUGGUGGACUUGAUUUUGGAAUAGAUCAAGUUCUUGCAACAAAAGCGCCCGGAACGAUUCGGAUUGGACUUGACAUUGGUGGUGGAAGUGGAACAUUUGCUGCAAGGAUGAGGGAAAGAAAUGUGACGGUCAUUACAAGUACACUGAAUUUGGAUGGUCCAUUCAACAACAUGGUUGCAUCAAGGGGUUUGAUACCAAUGCAUAUUAGCAUUUCUCAAAGGUUUCCAUUCUUCGAAAACACGUUGGAUAUUGUGCACUCUAUGGAUGUCAUUGGCAACUGGAUGCCAGAUACCAUGCUUGAGUUUGUGUUGUAUGAUAUAUACAGGGUUUUGAGGCCAGGUGGACUAUUCUGGCUUGACCAUUUCUUCUGCUUUGGUUCACAGCUCAACAAAACUUAUGUGCCGAUGUUGGAUCGAGUUGGGUUCAAUAAACUGCGAUGGCAUGUUGGAAUGAAACUUGAUCCUAAGGUUCGAAAGGAUGUGUGGUUGAUUUCAGCUCUGAUGGAGAAACCAAUGAUUUGAGGUAGGCAUAUGAAUGUGUAUGCUAUAUUUAAUGAACAAAGUUUUUCUUUUUAAAUGGAAA